GCCAAAGUUCAGAGUGAACUUGUUUCAACAUAAGGAGGAGCAUCCGUGAGUCUGCUGCAGUGUUUGUAGUGUUUGUGAGUGUGGAACAUGCAGACGAUCAUCGCAGAGAACGGCUCGGAGACUCCGGAGCCGGUGAAGGCUCAGGUUAAAGGUUCCAUCCCUGCCUGGCUCCAGGGCACGCUGGUCAGGAAUGGACCGGGGCUUUUCUCUGUGGGAGACUCUGAGUAUAACCACUGGUUUGAUGGCAUGUCUCUGCUGCACAGCUUCACCUUCUCUGACGGGGAAGUGACCUACAGAAGCAAGUUUCUGAAGAGCGACACCUACAAGAGGAACAUCGAGGCAAACAAGAUCGUUGUGUCUGAGUUCGGAACCAUGAUCUAUCCAGAUCCCUGCCAGAACAUUUUCUCCAGGAUGUCUACGCAUCUCAGAAACAUCAUCCCCGACUUCACUGACAACAACUUGAUCAACAUCGUCCGCUAUGGUGACGACUACUACGCCUCCUCUGAGAUCAACUACAUGAACCAGAUCGACCCCGCGACCUUGGAAACUGUCGGCAGAGUGAACUAUAGGAACCACAUCACCCUGAACCUGGCCACAGCUCACCCCCACUAUGACAGCGAGGGAAACACCUACAACAUGGGCACCACCUUGCUUGGCCUCGGUGCCCCUAAACACAUCGUCUUUAAAGUCCCAGCGGACGCUUCAGAUAAGGAGCGGAAGAAGCCAGCGCUGAGGAAAGUGCAGCUGAUCUGCUCGCUUCCGUUCCGAUCCACGUUGUUCCCGAGCUACUUCCACAGCUUUGGCAUGACGGAAAACUACAUUGUGUUUGUGGAGCAGCCCUUUAAACUGGACAUUGUCAAGUUGUCCACGGCCUAUUUCAGAGGGGUGAGCUGGGGGAACUGCCUCAGAUUCGACAAAGACGAAGUCACCGUGUUUCACGUCAUUAACAAGCAGACAGGACGGUCCAUCACUAGACGCUUCUACACAGACACGCUGGUCGUCUUCCACCACAUUAAUGCCUACGAGACCGACGGCCACGUGGUCUUUGACCUCAUCUGCUACAAGGACAGCAAUCUGUACGACAUGUUCUACAUCAAAAACAUCAAGCAGGACACCAAGAGCUUCAUCCAGUCCAACAAGGACUACUCCCCUCCGUGCUGCCAGAGGUUUGCUCUUCCUCUCAGCAUCGACGAGCAUUCUCCCAAAGGAACCAACCUGGUGACUCUGAGCGACACGUCGGCCAAGGCGGUGAUGCAGGCCGACGGCUCGGUGUACUGCCAGCCCGACACGCUGUUCGUAGGCUUGGAGCUGCCAGGGAUCAACUACAACUUUAAUGCUAGGAAAUACAGAUACUUCUACGGCUCCAGACUAGAAUGGUCUCCGCACCCCAACAAGAUCGCCAAGUUCGACAUCGUCUCCCGGACUCACAUUGAGUGGCACCAGGAGAACUGCUACCCAUCAGAACCAGUGUUUGUUGCUUCCCCUGGAGCUGUGGAUGAGGAUGAUGGUGUGAUCCUGUCGUCUGUAGUUUCUCCAGAUCCUCACAUUUCCCCCUUCAUGCUUGUCCUCAACGCUAGAACCAUGGAGGAGCUGGCUCGGGCCUCCAUCCCUGCUCAUGUUCACAUAGAUCUCCACGGACUCUUCAUCCCAGCUAAACGUGUUUCUGGACCACGUUCAUGUACAAACCAAUGACAUUCACGGUUUAAUGCACUUUACAAAAGAGACUGCUAUCAGGGUUUUUUUCAAGCACAAAAAACCUUUGGUGUUUUACUGUAAAUCUGAAAAUGUGAAGUUUCUUCCCAUUCAUUAUAACAAUCAGCUGCUGAAUGAUGUGUGGUGACAGAAAUGACCUUCUGAUGUGUGCAUCUUCAUGUGAGUAAGCAGAAUAAUGAGAACUUGAACUCAUCAUCACCUCUGUAGUCAUUGUCCCUGAAGCUGCAUGCAACUGAUGGACAUGUGAUGAACUGAGGCACAAAGUGACACUGGUUCAGAUCCGAGCUGUAGUUCAGGUUUCAGAAUAUACGAGAGAGCGCGUUUGUCUGCAGCAGCGUGUGACUUCACACACUGGUUUAAUUACAGCCACACUCCACUCUCACCUUAGAAUAAAGUAGCUGGAAUCAGACGCUAGAAACUGAAAGGUAAUGUUCAUUUUUUUAUUGUUGGGAU